AUGGGGCGAGUUGUGGCGUUAGUGAUGAUUGUGAUGUGGCUGAUGACGGCGUUCCUUGCGGAGGGGCUGAGCUGCGGGCAGGUGGUGCACACCCUUCUGCCUUGCCGGGAUUACCUCAAGUCUGGCGGCAACGUCGUGCCCCAAAAAUGCUGCGAUGGGGCAAGGUCUUUGAACAACAUGGCCAGAACGACACCCGACCGGCAGCAGGCUUGCCGGUGCAUGAAGACGGCCGCCAAGGCUUACAAAGCCCAGCAAAAGUACGCAGCGGCCGUGCCCGGAAAGUGUGGCGUCAAACUCGGUUACGCUGUCAACUUCAAUAUUGACUGCAACAAGGUCCGUUGA